GUUUCUAUAAAAAAGAAAAAAUACUUGUAUUAAAAGUUUCAAUAAAAUGUCGACUUUUUAUCUGGUAAUUUUUGUCUGCUUUCAAUUUCUGUUUGCCGGUAUCAGUGCAACGCCUCUCAGAAGCAUUGAGUCUGCUCAAAAAGCAUAUUUCGAGUCUACCCAUGCGUCAGAUGUCAUGGAAGGCAGAUACGCUGCUGAUUUAACUGCGGGGCAAAGAAUUAUAAUUGCUUACAUGACAUGUAUAUUCCAACGCUUAAAUGCUAUAAACAGUGACAACUCAAUGAAUGGGGAAAUUGUUGAAAGUGCAAUCCGUGGAAUAAGCGAAAUUGAGUUGUUGAAAAUGAACAAAGGGCAGCCAUCCGACCAAAAAGUAAGCAUAAAUGAUGAGGCUAUGUUUGAUGGAUUGUCUGAAGCAAUAAGAAACUGCGUCACUAAAAGUGACAUUGCAGAGGAUAGUGUGAUAUUACUCGUUCAAUGCUUAUCUACAAGUACUAACGCACCAUUUUUUUAA